AUGGCGGAGCAGUGGGAUCUGGACGAGGAGGGCAUCCGCCGCCUGGGGGCGCUGAGCCUGGAGCAGCCGGAACUGGUGGAGUCUCUUUCAUUGCAGGGAUCUUAUGCUGGAAAAAUCCAUUCUAUUGGUGAUGCCUUCAGAAACUUUAAAAAUCUCCGAUCCUUAGAUUUAUCAAGAAAUUUGAUCACCAGCCUAAAGGGCAUCCAGUAUUUAUGUUCACUCCAAGACCUGAAUUUAUAUUAUAACAACAUCCCUUCAUUAGUGGAGGUGUCCCGCCUGCAGCCUUUACCCUUCCUCAAAGAACUAGAUCUGAGACUCAAUCCUGUUGUCAGGAAAGAUACAGAUUACAGGCUCUUUGCUGUGUACACACUGCAAACUCUGGAGAAACUGGAUGAUCGAACUGUACGUGACAGUGAGAGGAAAGCCGCCAAGCUACAUUUUAGUCAAUUGGGCAACAGUGAAAAUUUUCUUUUAGAGGUGGAAAAAAGCUCUAGGGAGAAGACGAUGAAAAACUGUGUGACAGAUGAGGGCUCUGCAUUAAAAGUCAGUGUGGAGGUUGACACCAGGAUUGAAACAGGUCAGCAUUUUCUCUGUGAUCACAAAAUGAUCAAGACAUCAGUGCUACAGGAAGUGACAAGAAGAGAGAUACCAAGUGACAACCACCAGGAAGAUGGUAAAGAAUUCAAACGCUACUCACCUUGUCAGUGCACAGUCCGAUCCCCAGAGAAGAUGAGCAGGGAUGGGUACCGGGUAUCCUUUUUGGACAGCAAGAGUUCAGUUUCUUCUCCAGAAAAGGACUUGUUAGGAACACCUGAUACCUACCAACUUCCCCAUGAUGACUCACUGAGUAAACGUCUAGAUGUGGGUGACUCCAGCCAGAUCCAUCCUUAUCAGAUACCUUCCAAUGUCGGUCUGGAAAAUUAUGAUGGUCAUUAUUCUCAAACUCUACCCCUGCACGGAAGUCAUGGUAAAAGGCCCCAGAGAAGCAAGAACUUCCGAGAGUAUAACAUAAAGCCUUCAAAUGACAUAAAAGCUGCCACAUCCCAUCCCUGUGGAGAUUUACUGAUGUCUUUGUCAAACCCAGACUCCAGCACCGGAAGGCUUUUGAAGCUUAGUUCAGAUCUGUAUGCCGCCACCCAUUUCAACAGUGACCCUGCUCUGCUGGUCAGUGUUGAGCACCAAUUAUCCAGCAGCCUCAGUGAUUUAACACCAGCACAUGGUUCUUUCCCAAAUAACCCUGUCCUGGGAAAUGCUCCUAGAACACUGCUGUUGCCUCCUGGGACGUCAGAAGACAGAGAUAUUCUGGCCAGGAGGUCAUUAAGCCCAACAAGGAGAGGAUUCAAGCGGAAGGACAAUAUUUUUGCCAACCUGAAUCCGAAGCAUGGUUUCCAAGAUGCUACAGGCAUGGAGGCAAGUCCUCUCUCAAGUGACCUGGGCAGUUUGCAUGGUUUGCCAGGAAACCACAGUCCCCCAAUCUCUGCCAGAACCCCUCAUGUGGCCACUGUCCUCAGACAGCUCCUGGAGCUUGUGGAUAAGCACUGGAAUGGCUCUGGUUCUCUCCUCCUCAACAAGAAAUUUCUCGGUCCUGCCCGAGAUUUGCUUCUGUCUUUGGUUGUUCCUGGUCCUCCUCAGCAGUGGGGUCGCACCCAUCCUGAAGAUGCCGGGAAAGCCUUCCGCAGGCGGGACAGUGACUCAAAGGAGGCUGGACAGCUGGUCCCUAGCGAUGUGGAAAGUUUGAAACAAAAACUGGUCAGAGUGCUGGAGGAAAACCUCAUUUUGUCAGAAAAAAUUCAGCAGCUGGAGGAAGGUUCUGCCAUCUCGAUUGUGAGUGGGCACCAGUCCCAUACACACGAUGAUCUUCUGCGCAAAAACCAACAGCUGACCAUGCAGGUGACUUGCCUGAACCAAGAGCUUGCCCAGCUGAAAAAGCUAGAGGAGACAGUUGCCCUUCUUCAUGAAAGUCAGAGAUCCCUGGUGGUAACUAAUGAAUAUCUACUGCAGCAGCUGAAUAAAGAGCAAAAAGGUUAUUCUGGGAAAGCGCUCUUGCCUCCAGAGAAGAGUCACCACCUGGGGAGAUCAUCGCCCUUUGGGAAGAGCACGUUAUCUUCCUCCUCACCAAUGGCACACGACACGGGUCAGUACCUAAUACAGAGUGUCUCAGAAGCUGCGCCAGAGCCUAGUUUGUGGAGCUAG